AGUCACUCACUACUAGUCCGGUGUUUCACUUGAGAAUCGGCACUUAACAAAUUGACGGGACUGCUGGCCAACGUGUCUGUGUCGGAAUAGGAAUUACACUGCGAAUCGACAACGUGCACUGCCUGGCAAGGUUACUGAAGUGCAGUGAAAGAAAGAAAAGAAGAAGCCAAGAGAGAAGUCUGCAUAAGAUGAGCCCACAUCUGCUCGUGCGAUGUGGUCUGAGUACAGUUCUGCAUCCAACACUGGGCAGGUGGCCUUAGUGGGCAGUGUGGUUGCUGCUGUACAUUCAGAGCAAAUGCCCAUUUUCGUUGUUGUUGGGUAAAGGCAAAUAUUGCCCUUUGCAGUGCGAUUCUCAGCCGAUAAUUGGAAAGCAUCCGUAUCCGGACAAGAACAGGAAGAAUUGUAUGCAAUACGCCGGGCACCUGAGUUAUUACUUUUAGCUACCAUAAGGUCCUGUUGAUAUUCACAACGAAAUGGGAAAAGGUCCCACUCCGAUCCUGUAAGCAUGUUUCCACUACACAGAGAAAGGGAGCAGCCCAUCUUCAGUGCCAGAGCCCAUGUGUUCCAGAUCGAUCCGGCCACCAAGCGCAACUGGAUCCCCGCCAGCAAGCACGCCGUCACUGUCUCCUUCUUCUACGACGCCAAUCGGAAUGUCUACCGCAUCAUCAGCGUCGGAGGGACUAAGGCCAUUAUCAACAGCACCAUCUCACCCAACAUGACCUUCACGAAGACGUCUCAGAAGUUUGGCCAAUGGGCUGACAGCCGAGCCAACACGGUCUAUGGCCUGGGGUUCGCCACAGAGCAGCAGCUCCACCAGUUUUGCGAGCGCUUCAAUGAGGUGAAGGAUGCUGCACGCAUGGCGAGAGAGAAGUCCCAGGAGAAGAUGGAGAUGAACAACCCCGGCCUGAGCAUCGCCGCCCCACAGGACUUGUGCGAUGAGCUGCAGUCUCCCCCAGUGAUGUGCUCCAACGGCCCCGAGGACAAGCUCUUCCGCAGCCAGAGCGCUGACAUCACGCUCAACGCAGAGAAGGAACGCAUCAAGAAGAUGCUGUCAGAAGGGUCAAUCUGCGAGAUGAACCUGGAGGCGGAGCUGUUCACCCUCCAGGACAGCAACUCUAAGCUGGUGGCUGCGCUACACGAGGCCAACGCUAACGUGGAGCAGUGGAAGAAGCAGCUGGCGGCCUACCAGGAUGAGACGGAGAGGCUGCGGGAACAGGUGGCAGACCUUGAGGCCCACGGUGGGCAUGGCCCCAGUGACAUGCUGAAGGACGAGCUGACUCAGUCGCUGGAGGAGCUGGAGGCUUUACUGAAGGCCAAAGACGAGGAAAUUCGCAUACUACAGGCCAAGAAAUCCGAUUUUCAUGAAAUGGAACAGGAAAGAGAGGAGGCCAUUCACAGAAUACAGGAGCUGGAGAUCCGUAACGUGGAGCUGGAACGCCGAGUGCAGAGUGCCGAGCAGUCCCUGGCCAACUCCUUGGAGGAGAGGGACCGCAUCGAAAGCGAGGUGCAGAGGGUGAUCGAAAUCCUGGACGUCAAGAUAUUUGAUCUGAAUGACCUGAGACAGAGCCUGGUCAAACUUAUUGAUAAGUAGAGACAGGCCGGAGGGAGGGCGUUUCUUUUUGUGCAGCUUGUGGACUCAUGUGACAGGGCAGGGAGAGGGAUGAGUGGCCCCAAGCAGAGACUAGACGGGGGCAAAGCAUGUGGUAAAUGAGAUGGACAGUGGGUGUCUGGGCUGCACUACAGCAUAGGGACAAAAGGGCUCCUGUAGGGCAAGAACUUGUUGCUGUCUUGUCUUCAUGCUUUUCAACACACGGCCCUGACAUGUUUACCACUCAGUGUUUUUUUUGCUUUCCUUACACACACA